UUUUCGAACACGAUAGGUAAUUCUUUUUUAUUUGUUGUGUUGGUAAAAUAUAAAGUUGAUUAUGUAUGAGUUAUUAUUAUUUAAAAACCAUGCGUUUCCCGCGGCAUACCCUGUUUACUGUAAUUUUGAACCACACGUGACGACCGCGGUAACUGUCAACGCGCCAGACGUUUGACUGGAUAUCAUAAUACGGUGACGGACAACGCCGACAACGUCACCGGCCGUUGAUAGUACCGCCACCGCCACCGCCGAUGCACGCCACAGUUUUCCGAGCUCACGAACCAGAGGUGCCCACGGACAGACCGCGUGCGGCCGUAGUCACCGCGCAGUGUCGUCGCCGCCACCGUCAUGACAGCAGUAUCGUCCACGUACUUUUGGUCAAUGCUCGUUUUCACGAUGGUCCACAACACCAAAGAAAUUCUAUUCAGCGAUACACCAAAAUUCAGCGACCGGAUGGAUAAUUUAACAGUAACUGUCGGUCGAGAUGCGAUCCUCGAGUGCGUCGUAGAAUCACUGUCGACAUAUAAGGUUGCCUGGCUGAGAGUGGACACACAGACGAUACUGUCUAUACAGACGCUUAUAGUGACGAAAAAUAACCGAAUGGAGGUAACGCACACGGACCAAAGGGUGUGGAGAUUGCACAUCAAAAACGUACGACAGAGCGACCGUGGAUUUUAUAUGUGCCAGAUAAACACGGACCCCAUGAAGAAUCAAAUCGCGUAUCUUGAUGUAGUCGUGCCUCCAGAUAUUCUAGACUACCCAACCAGUUCAGACAUGGUAGUACACGAAGGUAGUAACGUGACAUUGCAAUGCGCCGCUACAGGAUACCCAAGUCCAACGAUAACAUGGCGAAGAGAAGACAACCAUAACAUCGUGAUUUCUAACACGUUAACUGUUGCAGUAGUGGAUAGUGCGACGCUUACCUUUCAUCGUGUGACGAGACAACACAUGGGUUCAUAUCUUUGCAUUGCUUCCAAUGGCGUGCCACCGACAGUCAGCAAGCGCAUUACUCUGAUCGUCCACUUCGCUCCCAUGGUUUGGAUUCAAAAUCAACUAGUCGGUGCUUUUGUGGGAGAUCGAUUGUCAAUAGAAUGUCACGUUGAAGCAUUCCCUAAGUCCAUAAAUUAUUGGUCGUCAGAAAACGGAAACUUACUAACUCAAGGAGAUAAUUACGAUACAACGUUAAAAGAAGUCAAUUAUAAAACAGAAAUGAGAUUAACUAUUAAUCAAAUAAAAGAAAAACAUUUUGGCACAUACCAUUGUGUUUCAAAAAACUCUUUAGGUGCAACGGACGGGACUAUCAAAGUUUAUAAAUUGCCAGGAAAAAACUGGAACAAUAAUUAUCAAACGUCCGUGACGGCUUCAAACAACGGCCUGCAGCAUAUUACAGGGUCCACAUCUAAUAGAGAAGGGAAAAAUAACUGUGUAUCGAUUAAUCCUAAACCUUCAGUAAUUAUUUAUUGUAUUCUCUUAUGCGGAAUGCUGUUAUCCAAAUCACCAUAAGCGUUUAUCAAAACGACACGUUAUUUUUUU